UCGCCCAUAAAUUCAUUUAUGACUCUUUUUUAUCACAAUCUUGACAUAAAUAUUUUUGCCUCCCCUCAUCUUUACACACAAGUCACGACUCACGAGACAGAAACAAAUCAGAAAAAAAGAUCAAAGCUCAGAAAUGAAGAGUGCAGAGAUUAAUUAAUUGAGAGUUUUUUAAGAACAUGAGGGUGAGGGAUAUCGAUUCUCUCUUCUCCAUCUCUUUUGUCAUUCGAUUUGACCAACAACGACACGAAUCUUGAAGGUGAAGUAAUUCAAGUUUUGUUCUCUCCUCUGCUUCUCAAGCGUACCUCAAAAGAUGGGUCGGUUGCUACUUGAGCCACAAGCAAACGCACCCGCCGACGCAAACCCCAAACCCAAAGGAGGCAUAAACGAUACCUACUUCGACACUAACAUGGUCAUCAUUUUAGCUGCUUUACUCUGCGCUUUAAUCUGUGCUCUAAGCCUCAACUCUGCCUUGCGAUGUGUACUACGCAUAACUCGGAGAUUCACUUCGGAUGAUCAAGUCGCAAACGCUUCAAACGCAAACGCAAAUUCAAGACGUUUAGCGUCUGCCACAGGGCUCAAGAAACAGGCGUUGAAACAAAUUCCCGUGGGAUUGUACGGAUCAGGAAUCAUUGACAUGAAAGCUACGGAGUGUUUGAUCUGUCUCGGAGAUUUCGAAGACGGGGAAAAAGUUAGGGUUUUGCCUAAAUGUAACCAUGGCUUCCACGUGAGGUGCAUCGAUACUUGGUUGCUCUCACGUUCCUCUUGCCCCACUUGUAGACAAUCAAUACUCCUUGAUGAGCAGCCGUCGCCGAUGGCUGUUUCCCGGCGGGACGAUGACAUGGUAGUUUCCAUCGUAUAGGGACAUGAUGGUGAUUUCUUAACUAUGCUCUCUCAAGUGGGCUUGGUUUUUGUUGGUUGGUUUCAUAAUUGUUUUUUUGUGUGUGCAAACUAAUGUGAUUAUUUACACAUAUUCUUGUGCUGGUGAAUUUAGUGUGAUGGGUUUUCUUGAAAUCAAGCCAGUCUUUGCUAA